AUGCUGCGGUCGGCGCUGCGGCGGGGAGGGGCGGCCGCGAGGCAGGUCGCAUUGGGGGGAGAAGCCUCGCCGAGGGACUUUCUCCGGAUGCGCGUGGCGGAGCGGGAGCGCGCGAGGCGGCGGCGGCGCGACCCGGGCCGCGACGAGUUCUUCGUGCCCACGCCAGAGUCGCUGGCGUGGCUCGACUCGGUCUCCCUCCCCAUGGUGCUCACCGCCGCUGCCGUGGCCCUCUUCACCAAGCUCCUCAUGAUGGAACAUGAAGCUACGGAUCAAGAAAGGAGAGAGCGCAAGAUAAAGAAUAGCCACCCUGAUCAAGGAAAAGUAAGGACGCUGACUCGUGAAGAAUGGGAGGAGGUCCAAGAAGUCAGGCCAAGGACCCCUUUUGAAUCAAAGUUAGCUCGUCCACAUGCCCGUAUAAGAACUGGGGAGCCAGUGCGACUGGAGGACGUCAAGGAUUGGGCUACUGAUGUAAUCGCAGAUUCUUUUACCAGAGCAGAAGAAACCACCAAGCAAAAAUGA